UUGCAGUUGCUGAUGAUUUCACAUCGGCAGCAGUGCAGUGCUGAGUGAGAAAGGGUGACCCAGUAGCUGAUGACUGAAGGAGAUACAGCAAACGGGUGGAGGGGAGAGAGAGAGAGAGAGGGAACAACGUGUGUGCGAGAGCUGCAGUCAGAGUUGAGAGGGAAGAAAGGAGCAGAGAGAGAGCAGAGUGCUCAUGCUGAGUAUCUUCCAGGUGUACUGAAAAAUCAAAACCCCUUUGGAAAUGGAUACAAGGACCAUCUGCUGCCUAUAGAUCAGGGGUUGUGGAUUGGCUGAGAAUGGGUGGGGGGAAAGAACUUAACAGCUCUCUUGAAAAAAAGAAAAAGCUAAGUUAUGCAUAACUGAUUUGGCAAGACAGCCUGAGAAAUGCUGCUGCGUGAAACGCCGGCGUGUAAAUCCAAUCCACUGAUGCAUAUAGGACAGCCUGCUUUGGCAUAAGGGUGGAGAGAAAAAGCAACAGAGGCAAUGCAGGCAAUAUUGCAAUAGAAGUCUGCAUUGGGUCGUCUGAUUUAAUAAAGGAGAGGGGGAGAGUGAAGCUGAAAGAAGCCAGCCUUGCAUGAACUGUGGAGUUGACAUGAGGUGCUGGGCUGAUUUCUGAGAGAUGCUAGACAUUCAAUCUGACAACUGUGCAAAGAGAGACCAUGGAGAAGUCAAGUAGUGAGGAUUCCUCAAUUCACCGGAGUCCAUCUUUGGAUAGCAAGGACUCUGACUUUGCUAAACCUUCUACCUCAGGCAGGCAGUUUGGUCGAGGCUUCACUGCUGGAGCUUUCUACGGUACCGCUGGAUCGCGCACGCAGAGCCACAAUGCAGCUGCAGCUGGGACCGGCGCAGGGACCGGCGUAAAAAGUGACAAAUACAAUGCACCCAAAGGCAGCAAAUACGUGGUCUUUUACCUGGAUCUAUCAUUUGUUUUCCUUUUAGAAUUUAAGAAGUGCAGCAUGGCGAGAGGCUGCUUGUGUUGUUUGAAAUACAUGAUGUUCCUUUUCAAUUUAAUAUUUUGGUUAUGUGGCUGCGGACUCUUGGGUGUGGGAAUAUGGCUGUCGGUGUCACAAGGAAACUUUGCCACAUUUUCUCCCAGCUUCCCAUCUCUGUCAGCUGCCAACCUGGUCAUUGCCAUCGGUACCAUCGUCAUGGUGACCGGCUUCCUGGGCUGCUUGGGUGCUAUCAAGGAAAACAAGUGCCUCCUCCUAAGCUUUUUCAUUGUUUUGCUGAUCAUUCUCCUGGCUGAGCUGAUAUUACUAAUUUUAUUCUUCGUGUAUAUGGACAAGAUUAAUGAAAGUGCAAGACAAGAUUUGAAAGAAGGUCUCAAGCUUUAUAACACAGAAAAUAAUGUUGGACUCAAGAAUGCUUGGAAUAUCAUUCAGGCAGAGAUGAACUGUUGUGGGGUUACUGAUUACAGAGACUGGUACCCUGUACUGGGUGAAUACACUGUCCCCGACAGAUGCUGUAAGGAAAAUUCUCAAGAUUGUGGUCGAAAUGUCACCAACACAAGUUCAGUGUGGAAUACGGGAUGUUAUGAAAAAGUCAAGACAUGGUUUGAUGACAAUAAGCAUAUUCUUGGCUCAGUUGGGAUGUGUAUCCUCAUAAUGCAGAUACUUGGCAUGGCCUUUUCCAUGACACUCUUCCAGCAGAUUCACAGGACUGGUAAAAAAUAUGAUGCCUAACACACUGCAUUGUUAACCGCAUCAGCACUUCUCUCUUGCCAUUAAAAAGGAAAAAGAGAAUCAAGCUUUCCAUCUCACCGAUCAAUCUACAGCAUAUGUUACAUGACUGAUAAAUAACCCAGCACUAUGUGUUACUGGACUUACGUAUUUGUUUCUUUUCAUUCACCAUUUUUUGCCAAAGAAGAAAGGAAACCUAUUGACAGCAAAUCAGUUUUCUACACUAAUUCAUAGGUCUGCUGUUUAAACUACUCCCUAAGAUUAUUUAAGGAACAACCUUAAACUGUACUGAUCUGUGUUAGACCUUUGAGUGUAACCAGACUGAUGUGUGUUAACUUCUAGAAAGAAUCCUUUUGAAGUUCUUCUCAUAGGUCAACAAACUGCUUAUGCCCAGCUUGAUAUUGGGAGACUUGGAAAAGCCACUUGGAUGGAGAGUCCUAUGAAUUAGAGCUGCUUGGAUGCAGUUUGAUGGUAUUGGUUUUUUGUUGUUGUUUUUUUGUACCUUAUUGUGUAUACUAGAAUUUAGUAGCCUGAUUUAUAUCUUUUUACUGUUCCUCCCUUUCUUUUCUCAUGCUUUCUCAAAGUUCCACUGUGCAAUCUUUGAAGGAUGCCUUUUCUUUUUUUUUUAAGAGUUUGCAAUUUAAAAGCAGAAAGCGGGAGGUUGAAGAGGUUAAGCAAAUCAUAGCCACGGUGCUACUCUCAGCUGAACACCAGUGUCAGGAAACCAGACUUUGAGGGCUGCAUCACAAGUGACUUUUGGGGUGUACUUUUAAGACUUUUUAAACAUGCACCUGAAAACAUAAUGCACAAAUGUAACAAACAAGUAUUUGAAAAUGUGUGUCAUGAGAGAGCCAGGACUGGUUGCUUCUCUUUGACAAGGUAGCAAACCUGAGGCUGCUGCCACGUCGGGUGUGGAAGAGCCUGGGUUCUCUGAAUUCCUGUCUUGCCAAGACACAGAGAGCUUUCCAACUCUUCUGUGUGAUUUUUGAAGUUCUUACAGCAAAACCAGAGUUUUGAGGGUUCUAUUAAUAUGCAUCAAAGCAAUUAUACUAAUGUUUUCCUUUCUGUUCCUGCAAAACUCAAGACUGAAAGGAAAGAUGGCCUACGAUUCUCCAUAACAAGAAGCAAUGAGCACUUCUGUCACUAUGAAAAUAGCAAUUCUCAAACUGUGUUUCGGGCCCCACUAAUGAAAGAACAGCUACUUGCCACAAUAAAUUUAAAAAUAAUAAUAAUUAAAGGCUGCUAUGAGCUCGAGCUACCCACUCACGCAGAGGCUGUCCACUUGUGUCUGCGUGAUUCAUUUGCUCUGUUCUUGCAUCCUUCAGCUCACUCCUGAAUCACAGAUACAUAGCACAAUUGCAUGCCCCCAAAAGAGGCUUGCAUCAGUCACUGCUCUGGACUCACACCCUUCUAAUGAAGAAGCAUGCCCAGGCCAGCGAUCUGUGCAGAAACACAGGAGUCGGGCUUCUCUGACGAUAGGCAAUUCUGCUCCUUACACAUUCUAAAUGUUACUCUUUGAGGCGUGUGAGAACUGUGCCUCCAACUUUAAUUCAGAAAAAGUGUCGCCCAGCUGUCAGAAGUAGUGUAUUAAACCAGUGUAUUUUAAAUGCUGUAGGUUCUCUCCUUCCUUGAGCAUAUGAAGCUGCCUUAUACCAGAUCAGAUGACUGGUCUAUCGAGCCCAGUAUUGUCUACGCUGAGUGGCAGCGGCUUGCCAGGGUUUCAGGCAAUAACCUUUCCUGUCCCUCCCCGAAGAUACCAGGGAUUAAACCUGCGAACUUCUCCACGCAGAGUAAGUGCAGCUCUACUGCUGAGCUAUGGCCCUUCCUUCCAAAUUCUGGUGUCCAGACUAGUUGAAAAAAGCCAGGGAGAAGGUUCCCCUUCCUUUCCACAUAUGUUUGGCCAGGGCAUUCUCUUUACUUGCCAAUGCCAAAUCACUGGUGAAUUGACUGAAAGCCUUGGGAUGUAAUUCAGGCCAUUUGUUUUUCUUAUAUUCAACAAGGCUUGGAAAAAUCUCAUUGCUUUGAAUCCUAGAGCAACUUCUAUGAGGCAGGCAAAUCGUCCUUGAGAUGUGCAACAUCCCUGCUAGCAAAAAAAGGUCUUUUAGAUGGGUACCAGAGGAUAUGGGGGUGCCAUUACUUACAAGGAAGGGCCAGUUCCUCAUGUAGCCCAGCCACAUUUUCUUAGAAACAAAAAAUGGCCCUCAGCAGGAGUAUGGGCCUCUCUUUUGUAAUGUAUGUCCAAUGAUGCACCUUUUUGGCCUUGUAUAGACGGGGUGGGAGACGUGCAGAUGGUGUCCAAUCAGUGUACAUAUGACCACCAAACAGUCCAACAAACCACCUGUGCCACUGAACACACACAAGUACAUACUCUUAUUGACACAGCACUUGGUCUUGGUGUUGGGACUAAUUCAUAAGGAUUUAUACAAUCAGCAGAAUCAAGUAGUCAAUAUUUUACUGGACUGUUCCACUUCAGGUGACAAGGAGUGAGGAUGUUGCAUGCUUACAUGCUCCCCAACAAACAAAACAAAACUCCAUACACAUGGGCGGGAGGGAAUAACAUGUCAGGGAGGAGGCAAGGCUAAACCACUUGUCCUGACAUGCUGGUUAUCUAUGUGCAGGGAUUCCCCCCCCCCCCAAAGAAGCAAACAUAAUUUUCCACAAUCCAAGAGAAAAAAUUACCAAUGGAUUCUGUUGAUGGUCUAAACCAACUGAUUCUUAAGUGGUCCCACUGUACAAAUAAAGCUCCCAAGUUAAGAUACUCAUUCCAUAAUUAAGCUCACUGGUUUGGGGAUGCUUGAAAUAAACUGCAUCAUUGCCAGCUUUUCUGAAAAGUGACUUCUUUGACAAUAUUUACUCUUAUUCCAAACACUGAAUUCCAACAAGAGGAGGUUAAAGGUAAGUAAGGGAAAGGUCUGUGACAGGUCCUAAAGAAAACUGUGAAAUGGGAUGAAUCUGGUGUUUUGCUCAAUGAUUUCAUAAUUGAAACUCACUUGUUUCAAAUGUGUCUGAAUCUUUGCACAAUUGUGCUGGUCUGCCCUUAGUUUUUGAAGGUCAUUUGAAAUUUCACUGCACAUUGCAUCCUUUUUUGCUGACAUUCCUGUAUGCAAACUUGAACUUAUACCUCUCUUGCUGCUUCUUAUAACAGUGGCCCCUACCUGAUCUCACUUUAGCAAGGAACGUUCCUUACCUUUUGCUGCUCCAUAAUAAGGAAGAUAUGAAUGAAAAUGAAGGUUGAGCCAUACCUGUAGAUUCAUUUAUGGAUUUGCUUCAGACUUGCUCCAUUGAACCAGGUCUUGCCCUCUUUACUAGAUCAACUGAAUCGAAAGUUACCAUGAAAAAAAGACAGAUAUUGUAUCCUCUGCAUUGCAGAAAAAUCAAUUGGUGUUAUUUAAAGGCCCAUUUCAUUCAUAUUCAGACACUUACUAUAUAUGUUACAGGAAAUGUCUAAAAUUCUGAGACUCAAGAACCUCAAGGAACUGUUCACAACCUCACCCACCUGGUGAAUGACCAAAAAUACAGAUAUAAAUGUAGAAACUCCUUAAUUGUAUUCGCAGCAGCUAAUGGCAGCUGUCAAUAUUCACUAGUUUAACUCUGUAAUCCCUGAUGUUCACCAGAUGUAAGAAGGAUUACUAGAAUUCCCUUGUGGUUGCUGGAUUUUGAAGGGCACCGAUCAGGACUAACCCUCUAAGCACCCCUCUGAUCUGAUUCAAAAGCCCCAUUUUGGUAUCGAGGGAGACUUACCUCUGAAAGUAAAUGUCACUGGUGUGGCUAGUGUAGUCUCGGUGUUGUUCAAGUUCUAAAUUUCUGGCACAGAUUGACAGGGAGGUUUAUUCCCAAUGUCCUGGUGUUGUAAGGAGGCAGGGCUCCUAUUUAGAAUUUGCCCUGAGAGUCCAGGAAAUUCAGGAAGAAGAAAGAGUGUGACUUGCUCUGUCUCUCUCUCGUCAUUGAGAGUAACUUAGACUGCCAAUGCUGUCCACCUCUUCCUGUUCCACCUCUUCUUUCUGCUUUCCCCUUUCUGCUUCCUGCCUCUGCCCUGUAUAUGGAGGUUCUCAGCAUAUGCUGGUAUGCUGUACAAGCCAUCUAUGUGUAGUACCUCACAACAGCCUCAGAAUUGUGAACAUUUACUGUGACCUAUAUAUGAGAUUUAAUACAUCUUUCCAGAAUAGCUGUUGGGUAUACCCUAUUGGUGACCUCCCACUGGCCAUAUUACCUUUUUUCCCUUCAUAUUUCCUUUAUAAGACUUGAAAUAUUUUGAUUGGGUUGCCAGAAGAUUACAUCUGGUUUACUUCUGAAUAGUUUGGGGGGGGGGAAUUGGGACCAUGCCUGCUAGGAAUUCUGUCUGGUAUAUUCUGGGUUGGAAUAUAUGAACAGACAGAAUUUCUGGCAUUAAGCAAAUUUGCUGCUAUGCAUAGAGGAGAGUCCAAAGUUUUUGUUUUAAAAAGGGAAAGAGAGAAAGGAAAGCUUUUUGUGUUUUGUUUUUGAUUCUUAAAUCUUAUGCCACAUCUCUACCUCUUAUCUUAUGUUUAGGUUUUCCCUUCUACAGUGAAGCUAAACCAAUCUUUUUGUCAGAAACACACAAAACACUUGUAUUAAUUAAACACCAUUGAAAAGGAAGACAAGAAAAAUUAAUGCUAAAAUAACUUGUAUUUCUGUACACCCAGGAGAAAAGCACUCACUAGCUAAAGGUGCUUCCCAGUGUUACUUGCUGUGGCCGCACUGUGUGCAGAAGUGCAUAUCAGUAUGUGAGAUAUCAAGGGCUAAUUACUACAAUUGGGCUAGAUGGCAUGUUGUCAUUGAUUUACUAGAAAGUACUUUCAAUUUGCACCUGCGCCCAGCAUGUUGUGGGACUAUUGCUUGAAGGCAACAGCGCAAGAUAAGAGUUACAUGAUCUUACAACUCUAGAAGUACAGUGAGUGUUCAAAUGUGCCCUGAUUGCUAGGGUGUCUGCUCUUCUCCAGGGGAGAACUAGAUGUGCCAAAAAAUAUGAGGCUACCAUUGAAAAUGGCAGCCUUGUGUUCAGUCCCUCUUCCCUAUAUAGUGUUGUAUUGUCAAUGCAUGAUGUAAUAUGUUGUGCAUUUUCCUUCCCUAUUUCAAAUCACUAGCUGCCAUGGGGAACAAGGGGAUGUACAGUGUGAAUAUACCGUAUAUGUUUCCAUUACCACAUACUAUGGAGGAGAAAGGAACCCAACACAAGGCUCCUGUUUUUGCUUGAAGGGUGUUUUUUUUUAAAAAAAAAUCUAAUAAUUACACCUCGAUGUAGUUGAAGUUGGUUUGUAUUGGUUUGUAUUACAUUAUCUCCAAAGUAAGGUAUUCAUACUGGCCGUAUUGAUUCUGAGUAACGAAUGAGGAGUAACUUUUCCACAAUAACUGUCGGAGUUAAUUAACGUAAGUGUUUUCUGUGAACCAACUGCUUUCUCUUUAUCUCACACACAGAGGAAUAAGUAACAAUAUACAUUGAAAAUCCUUUCAAAGUUGCACAGUGGUACCUGUUGAAUCAUAAUAUUUUAACAUGUUGGUAUGGGGGUUUUUUUGUAAAAAAGAAAAAAGAAAAAAAAAAUGUUUCUACAUGUUAAACUGAAGGCAGAAAAAGCCUGGUUAUGCUGAUAACCAACCGCAGCUCCACACUUUGUACAGCAAACAUCAGUACACCCAUGUUUCCUGCAGCAAACACAGCAUGUGUUAACAACAGCUAUCAAAAUGUGUCAAGAAGCCAUAGUCACUUUACUGGUACACUCAUGGCAAACUCGAUCAUUAUGUAAAGUGUGGAGCUCCUCUGUAGCCUGAUCCUAAUGGUUUGCUCCAGACUCUCUGCUUGCAACACCUGGAUAAUGCCAUGGCUUGUGGCACUGCACAUCCCUCCUAAAACAUUUAGUUGCUGAUGCAGUGAGUCAAAGGCUUCACUGAAAUAGUAAAUCUGGGUGGGCGCUUUCAUUUCAAAGCGCAGGUAAGGCCUUGUGUCUCUGCAUGUUUAUCCAUUUCAAAACAUCCCUUUACGGAGUAAACAAAAUGUCAGGGAGAAGGGUUCAAGACUGCCCCUUCCUCAGACAUGCUGGUUUUCCAUGUAGAGGGAGUUCUUAUGUAUGGAGGAGCAUUCAGUUGCAGCAAGCCCCACUUGCAGUUUGCAGUGACACAGCCCUAAUGCAGCUUUACCGCCUCAGUAAGAACUAGGCCUUAGGAUCCAGUAGCAGGCCAUUUUGCCUUCUCUUAAACCUUAUUUUUGUAGAGAGUGCUGAAUUAUGUUUUAUGACUGCAGAGCUCAUAGAUAGUUCUUAAACCAUUUCAGCAUUUUGAGCAAAGUAUUAAAUAGUAACCACCAAAUCCAGACUAUGCUGCCAAUCAAGGAGAAUGAAAUAAAGGACAUCCAUUUGUUAGCACAGUUGUUUCAAAGCAAAGACGGAGCACAAUGCAUCCUCCUGCGCUCCUGGCCUUGGGGAUGAGCAGGAAGCCAGGAUCUACAUAUGGGAGGAGCAUACAGGUUUCCCAAUGGGGAAAAACAGCCAUAUGCAAUGCUAUGUUUCUAGCCCAUAAAGGAAACGGGAGGGAAAAUAACUUCAGCAUUAAGCACAUUGAAAGAUGGGAUUGUGCUCCAUGUCAGUGAGGCAGAGAGGUGCACAAACAACAAGGCAAUAUAUUUCUUAAGGUAAGAAAAACCAGCUAUUAAUGGGGGGAAAUCAUUAAAUUGUAGUCACUGGUAUAGAUCUUAACAGAAACUAACAGUCCUAUAACUGGUAAAAGGGAUAUUGAUCUUGUUUUAAACAUUAUUAUUAUUAUUAUUAUUAUUAUUAUUAUUUGCUUGCAUUUGGUGGGUGGGUGGCUGUCUGUGCAUUUCCCCCCAAAAAAGGAAACAAACAUUGCUUUGGUUAUUUAACUACACAUUUUUAGCAUGUUUUUAAAUAAAAUCGAUACUGAGUAAAAAUA